GGUGCUUUAUAAAUGGGGAGGUUUCACCCAUGAUUCAGUACAGUAUUCGAGAUGCGGUCACUUGCAAUAUUAGUAUGGCUGUUAGGGCUUGCGUUUUUGGGUGUUGAUGGAAUCGGUAAAGAGCCAAAAGAAUGGUGGAAAGAUAGUUUCAUCUAUCAAGUAUAUACGAGAAGUUUUAAGGACAGCGAUGGUGACGGUAUUGGAGAUUUAAACGGAAUCAGUAGUAAGCUGGAAUACUUGGUCGAUCUAAACGUGAGCGCACUACUGAUUGCCCCCAUUUACACAAGCCCGAUGAUGGAUUUCGGAUACGACAUCGCAAAUUAUACCGAAGUUGAUCCAGUAUAUGGAAAUCUCAGUGAUUUCACGAACUUGACUGCCAAAGCCAAGUCUCUCGGGCUAAAAGUGUUGCUAGAAUUCAUACCAAAUCACAGCUCUGACCAACAUCCAUGGUUUCAGAAAAGUAUUCAGAAGAUUAAACCUUACGACGACUAUUACAUCUGGCAAGAUGCCAAACUGGUGAACGGCACGAAGGAGCCACCAAACAAUUGGUUGAGUGUUUACGGCGGAUCUGCUUGGGAAUGGCACCCAGUGAGAGGUCAAUUCUAUUUCCAUCAGUUUGCCAUUGGUCAACCUGACCUGAACUACCGUGAUGCUGCUCUAGAUCUAGAAAUGCAGAAGGCUCUGAUAUUCUGGUUGGAUCACGGUGUCGAUGGCUUUCGCAUCAACGGAAUCGAUAGGUUGUUGGAGGAUGCAUCUCUUGCGGAUGAACCGGAGGUGAUAGGCGGUAAUGGAUCCGCUUCGAAUGAUUACGAUUCCCUUGAGCAUAUAUUCACAAAGGAUCUUAACGACUCGUACGUUAUGCUGAAAUCCUGGCGCAAGAUAAUUGACGCACACUCGAAAAAAGCCAGCAAAGGUGAACCGAAAAUGAUUCUGACCGAAGCUGCGACCAGCCUUCCACUGACGAUGCAGUAUUUCGAUGCUGGAUCCAACGCACCUCUUAAUUGGAUGUUCAUUUCUGAUUUGGACAACAAUUCUCGUACCUUUGACUUCAAACGCCUGAUCGAUCGUUGGAUGAACGCAAUGCCUAAGGCAGCCUCCGCUAAUUGGGUCGUCGGUAACAACGACAAUCAUCGAGCGGCCACGCGACUUGGCCCUAAGCGAGCGGAUCAGCUCUCCAUGCUGGCCACUGUUCUUCCCGGUGUCGGUAUAAUCUACUACGGCGAUGAGAUUGGUAUGGAAGACAUGUGGCUCUCGUACAAUGACACGGUUGAUCCUGCCGGAUGUAACGCUGGACCUACUAAAUACAUCCUAAAAUCUCGUGAUCCUGAGAGAACUCCGUUCCAGUGGGACGCGACAGCAAGCGCCGGUUUCUCGUCCAGCAACAAUACCUGGCUCCCCGUUAAUCCGAACUACAAGAGCUUCAAUUUAGCUGCCCAGAAGGCCACGCCAGUUUCACAUUAUUCAGUGUUUAAAAAACUCGUUAAAUUGAAGAAACAACCGGUCAUGAAAACGGGUAGCAUGGAAAUCAUUCUUGUCGACGAGGAUAUUCUCGGUGUGGUUCGUAAAGACCCUGACCUUGGUCUCGUCGCUCUUCUAAUUAAUUUUUCCGAAUCAACCGUUGUCGUUGACGCCAGAACUUGGAUGAAUAUACCUGAUGAAUUGUUCGUUUACGCCUCGAGUGUACACUCGGGAAUACCAUCUGGGGUUACCAUGGACACAACCGUUCUCAAUUUGCCUGGAGCUGCUUCUGUCAUACUGUCCUCCGAAGAGCUCGUGUCCUGAGCAUCCAAUGUCGCAUCGAACUGAUUAAUUAGUUGUAAUUCAAUAACAUAUUUAACCAUAAGUUUCAAGUAUUUAAAAGCCAUAAUAAAGAAAUGUAAUUUCGUGCAG